UGGUCAUAUGACCACAGCAUUCAUGCAAACAGCACAUGAUUCUUUCUUCCGCUGUCAGAGUCGGCAAGGUCUUGGUUUGACUGUGAAAAAGGUAGCUAGCUUGUUCCCAAGAUGUUUCGUGAGGUGUUGGCCUUGUUGUUGGGAGCACUUGGGGUUAUAGGAGCUCCUGACUCAGAUGAGAUCAAGUUCCUCCCCGGUCUUCCCAAGCAGCCCAGCUUCAAGCAGUAUUCCGGAUACUUCAACGUUGCUGAAAACAAACAUCUUCACUAUUGGUUUGUGGAGUCUCAGAAGAAUCCGGACAGCAGUCCUGUGGUCCUCUGGCUGAACGGAGGCCCUGGCUGCAGCUCUCUGGAUGGCUUGCUCACUGAGCAUGGCCCCUUCUUGAUUCAAGAUGAUGGUAUAUCACUGAAGUACAACCCCUACUCAUGGAACAUGAUUGCCAACAUGCUGUACCUGGAGUCACCUGCAGGGGUCGGCUUUUCCUACUCUGAUGAUAAGAAGUAUAUAACCAAUGACACAGAGGUGUCCAUGAACAACUAUCUGGCGUUGAAGGAGUUCUUCAGGCUCUUCCCAGAGUACAGCAAGAAUGAGUUCUACCUGACUGGAGAGAGCUACGGAGGGAUCUACAUCCCCACCCUGGCUGAGCGAGUCAUGGAGGACGACAGCAUCAACCUGCAGGGGAUUGCUGUUGGUAAUGGAAUGUCCAGUUAUGAGAUGAAUGACAACUCCCUGGUGUACUUUGCUUACUACCACGGGCUUCUUGGAACAAGGCUAUGGGCUGACCUACAGACAUAUUGCUGCAAGGGUGGUAAAUGUGACUUCUACAACAACCAUGACCCCACCUGUUCCAAAAAUCUAGCUGAAGUGCAGUACAUAGUGUACAGCUCUGGACUCAACAUGUACAACCUGUACGCCCCCUGUCCCGGAGGAGUCGGCCACAGAGUCAGCAUUGACAAUGGAAACCUGGUGAUCCGGGACAUGGGAAACAGCUUCUUGAACCACGAGUGGACAGAGCUGUGGAGCAAGAAAGUAAAGGUUGUGGCAUCUCUGCACAAGCGUGUGAAACUGGACCCUCCCUGCACCAACUCCACCCCCUCCACCCUGUACCUGAACAACCCCUACGUCAAAGCAGCCCUCCACAUCUCCCCCAAAGCCCUGGAGUGGCAGAUCUGCAGUGCUGAAGUGAAUCUGAACUACAAGCGUCUCUACAUGGAUGUGAAGAAGCAGUACCUGAAGCUGCUGGGGGCCAUGAAGUACAGAGUGCUGGUGUACAACGGAGAUGUGGACAUGGCCUGUAACUUUCUCGGGGACGAGUGGUUUGUGGAGUCUCUCCACCAGCAGGUGCAGGUGAAUCGGAGGCACUGGACCUAUAACACAGGAGAGAGCCAGCAGGUGGGAGGCUUUGUCAAGGAGUUCUCCAACCUGGCUUUCCUCACCGUUAAGGGUUCAGGCCACAUGGUCCCCUCAGACAAGCCCAUCGCUGCCUUCAGCAUGUUCACACGCUUUCUGAAGAAGCAGCCUUACUGAGAUGAAACUACAUCAAUACCUAUUCCCUCCUUCUGUCCUUUGAUUUGCACUCUGUUUUGGCAGUAGAACAGACUGACUUUUAGACCCCACUUGGCACUUUGGCUUGUCAACAUCUUGAUGGAACAAUAUGGUGUAUUGUUGGUAUACUCUUCCAUCACUGUUGGUCAUAUGUAGGUGAGCUAUUAAGCAAGGAAUCUUGAAACUUGUCUGCUUCUUUCUCUAAUGUGACAAGUACACAUGCUGCUGUAAUAGAUCAGCAGAUUUUUUUAAAGCCUUCUUUAAUCGUGAUAGAGAGAAACUGAUUGACAAUUUGUUUACUGACUGCCUUGAUUUGCACAGGAAAAUGUCUUCUGUGCUCUUGUAAUGGCCUUUUUAACUACAUGUAAAAAUCAAAGGGAUCUGUACGCACUGGAUUAUGUUUUUUGUUUUCUUUUUCUGUACAUGUAAAUCUGUUCAGGUUUUAAGACGAACUGCAAUCUGAAAGGAUUGUGCCUCCAUAGAAACAUUUGUAGACACAAUGAUUACAAGGGAACAUGUCUAUGCUUUCGCUGUGUUCCCAAGAAUGAUCUAAUGAUUGUUGGAAAUAAAAACACUUGAUAUUUUGUA